UGUUUUUAUAGCAGUCGGUGUAUGUAACCCGAGACAUUAAAAUAUUGUCUUCUGCUAUGUCACCAGUACCUCUUAUUAUAUAAUAUUCCAAUUUCAGUGUGAGGAUGCUAAGUGGCAACAGGACGAUGGCGAUGGCGAUGACGAUGAGACGACGGGAAUGGUUGAUUAUGACAGUGUUAUCGGUGUUCCUCUUUCUUUCUUUUCCAACGGUCUGUUACGGAGUUGUUCCACCUCGUACUUUGCUCAAUAAGCUCUCUGAAGGAAAAUACCUCACCAGCCAGGCGCUCUGGUUCAAUCAAACCCUCGAUCACUUCUCUCCCUAUGAUCACCGUCAAUUCCAGCAACGUUACUACGAGUUCCUUGACUAUUUUCGGAUCCCAGAUGGACCCAUUUUUUUGGUAAUUGGCGGUGAAGGUACAAACUAUGGGAUAGUAAAUGACUAUAUUGGUGUACUGGCGAAGAAGUUUGGGGCAGCUUUGGUUUCUCUUGAACAUCGGUAUUAUGGAAAGAGUACCCCAUUCAAUUCUUUGGAGACUAAAAAUUUGAAAUAUCUUUCAUCCAAGCAGGCACUCUUUGAUUUGGCUGUUUUUCGUCAGUAUUAUCAGGAUUCCUUAAAUGUAAAGCUUAAUAGAACAAAAACUGAAAACUCCUGGUUCUUUUUUGGUGGCUCAUAUUCUGGAGCACUCAGUGCAUGGUUCCGUCUUAAGUUUCCCCAUUUAACAUGUGGAAGUUUGGCAAGUUCUGCAGUUGUUCUUGCUGUUUAUGACUUUACAGAAUUUGAUCAGCAGGUUGGUGAGUCAGCAGGUCCUGAAUGUAAAGCAGUGUUACAAGAAACUACUCAACUCAUCGAACAGAAACUUGCAACCAAUGGAAAGGCAUUGAAAGCAUCUUUUAAUGCAGAUGAUCUUGAAAUAGAUGGAGACUUUAUGUAUCUUGUUGCUGAUGCUGCUGCUGUAGCAUUUCAAUAUGGAAAUCCAGAUAAAGUUUGCAAGCCUAUGGUUGAAGCAAAAAAGGCUGGAGAGGACUUGGUGGAUACUUAUGCCAAAUAUGUCAAAGAAUACUACAUUGGAACUUUUGGUGUUAACGUACAAACUUAUGACCAAAAGUACUUGAAAAAAACUGCUAUUAACGAAGACAGUUCUGCUCGAUUGUGGUGGUUUCAAGUGUGCACUGAAGUUGCAUACUUUCAGGUGGCUCCCUCAAAUGAUAGUAUACGCUCCUCAAAAGUUGACACAAAGUACCAUUUGGAUCUUUGCAAAAAUGUCUUUGAAACGGGCAUCUUUCCUGAUGUUGAUGCAACUAAUAUAUACUAUGGCGGCACAAAAAUUGCUGGUUCAAAAAUAAUAUUUACAAAUGGCUCGCAGGACCCUUGGCGUCAUGCUUCCAAACAAACCUCAUCCCCUGACUUGCCUUCCUACACUAUCACGUGUUAUAAUUGUGGUCACUGUACUGAUUUACGAGGAUGUCCUCAAGCUCCUUUGGUCCUUGAAGGUAAUGAAAAGAACUGCACCUCUCCUGAUGCAGUUCACAAAGUAAGGCAAAAGAUUGUUGAACAAAUGGACUUGUGGUUAUCUGAGUGCCAAGACACUGGCAAGUUUUUCAUAUGAUUAUCUACAUACGAGUUGCAUGAUGUACGAUAACUUAGCAUUAUUUCUGGUAUUUCUCCCUUUUGAGAGAUAUUUAUGACACUAUGAAAUAAAUUAGUUUUGUUGAUCAACUUUGUAUACUGGAUACACUGUCCAAAUAUAAGACAAAACAUGUGUGUACAUAGAUGACAUUUCUCAAGAUAUUUUUCUAUCUGGUUAGUUAUAGCACGUUAAUCU